UCGGUUGAGCGGACAAGUAGUAAAUAAUGAAAGUAGGUAUAUUUUAUAGUUGCUGCGCCAUUUUUUUUUUGAUGACAGGUAGUACCACAAAAAACAUAUCCAUCUUCGGCAAAGAAAAAAGUCUUUUUUUCCUUCUUCCUUCAUUUAGUAGCUAUCAACACCAACCAUUCCAAUUAAAUAAAUCUUUUUAAUAGUCAUUCAUCUUUUUAAGCAACGCCUAAAAAGAAAAUUAUUUAACGCAACCUCUCUAAAAAGAAAAAUAAAUUGUUUAGUUAUAAUAAAUACCAAUUAAGAAAUAGAUCCAGCAAUAUAUUUAUCCUUUGUUUUCGCUAAUAAGUUUGUUUUUUUCGUACCUUUUUUAAUUUGGUGGCAGGCCAUGGGUGGUGCAUCUUUGGGAUUUUUUGAUCACGGGUGGAUAGAGACUGGUAGAGGCAACUUUGAGAAUGUUAAGAAAGUACAUAUUUUUGGCCAGAGGAAAUCGCUGUUUUGUUUUUCGUUGUUCUUUAACCUUUUAGGCAUCAAUCAGUUCAUCCCCAGUCCCCUCAUUAUA